AGGUGGAGGCGACACGGCGCGCGGCCGGCCAGCUCCAAGAUGCGUCCCGCCAGGCCGGGGCCGGGAAGGCGGCUGCCAGCGCCGCGACCUCGGUCACUGGGCUCCAAGGGCUUCCGAGGCUAAGGCGGGGACACCCCUUCCCCAGGGCGGCGAGCGCCCCCGGCCACCAGCAUCUCCAGGCCCAGAGGACGCCUGCCCGCUACCUGGGCCUUCGGGUAAAAAGACCAGAACCUGGUGUCCUUAACGGAGAGCAGAUGCGAGCGCUUCUUUCCCGGGGUGAGCAGUCCUCCCGGCCCCGCGCAGCCUGAACACCAGGGUGUCACCGCACUCUGCACGCAUCUUCCAAAACUCUCUCAGCCUCUAACUGAAGACAGCGCCCACCAAACUUCUCUCCGCCCCUCUCAGCCCACCACCACACGCCACAGCCUUCCCAAGACCAACCCCAGCGGAAACGGAAUCUUCUAGGAAAAGUGACCGUCUCUUCCAAGAGGCGGCGAACUCCUGGGAGAGAAAGAGCGGCCACUGGCCCCGGGUCGUCACUCCGGCACUGGCGCCAGCUUCCCAAGACUGAGGGUACGACACCGGCGGGGAGGGUGCUAGGAAGGCGCGAGAUGAAGCUGGAGGAGUUCGCGCCCCGCGCGCCCGGCGGGGACAAGCCGGGCAGUGACCUGGAGGGCGCGGGCGGCGGCGACGCACUGUCCCCGCUGUCGGCCGGUGGCGACGACUCCCUGGGCUCCGACGGGGACUGCGCAGCCAACAGUCCGGAGGCGGUAGGGGACGAAGGAGCCGCGGGCGGCGGGACGGGUGUCAAGGAGGGGGCCUCAACGGCGGGCGGCGCUCCGGGGCCCGGCGGGGGCGCGGGCGCGGGCGGGCGCGGCAAACCAUACACGCGGCGGCCCAAGCCCCCAUACUCGUACAUUGCGCUCAUCGCCAUGGCCAUCCGAGACUCGGCGGGCGGGCGUCUGACUCUGGCCGAGAUCAACGAGUACCUCAUGGGCAAGUUCCCCUUCUUCCGCGGCAGCUACACGGGCUGGCGCAACUCGGUGCGCCACAACCUCUCGCUCAACGACUGUUUCGUCAAGGUGCUGCGCGACCCCUCGCGGCCCUGGGGCAAGGACAACUACUGGAUGCUGAACCCCAACAGCGAGUACACCUUCGCCGACGGGGUCUUCCGCCGCCGCCGCAAGCGCCUGGGCCACCGCGCGCCCGCCCCGGCGCCAGACGAGGACGCGGUUCGCCCGCCCGCGCCGCCUGCCCCAGCCUCGCCCCGCGCGCCCCUGCCGGCCCGCGCCGAUCAGGGUGUCAGCCCCGCGCGUAAAUUUUCCAGCCCCUUCGCCAUCGACAGCAUCCUCAGCACUCCCUUCCGCAGCCGCCGCGACGCGCCAGCUGGCGCCCAAGCGUUGCCCUUGGAGUUUUGGGGGGCCAGUUGCGUGCCCCCCGUCCCCGCGGCUGCCGCGCCCUGCCCUGCGCCACCCGCGCUCUUCCCCGGCGCGGGCGCGGCCCUGCUGCCGCUCUACGCAUACGGGCCCCGGGAGCCCGCAGUCUGCCCCGCGCCCAGCGCCGAGCCGCCGCCGGCACAGCCGCUCCUGCUCGCCUCCUUCGCCGCCGCCGCCAAGCCUUUCGGUAGCCCGCAGCUGUACUGCCCCCUGCGGCUAUCCGCGGCCCUGCAGGCGGCCCCGGCCCGCGGCCCCCGCGCGCACCCGCCACGGCCGGGGGAGACCCUCCUGGCUUGAGGGAGGGCGCCGCGUCGGAUAGG